AUGCGUCGUCUUUUUCUGGGAGUUUCUUGUUUGGAGGCACUCCCUCCCACCCCGUCAUCGCUUCUCCUUCCCCACCACCUGUUGCCUCACCCUCCCACCCACCUCGUCAUCACCUCUCCCUCCCACCUUUCCAUCGCUGCUCCCUCCCACCCUGCCAUCCACUUUCCAUUCCACCCCGCCAUCCCCUCUCCCUCCCACCGCGCCGUCGCCGCUCCCUCCCUCCCGCCGUCGCCUCUCCGUUCCUCCCGCCGUCGCCUCUCCCUCCUCCCCGCCGUCGCCUCUCCCUCCUCCCCGCCGUCGCCUCUCCCUCCUCCCCGCCGUCGCCUCUCCCUCCUCCCCGCCGUCGCCUCUCCCUCCUCCACGCCGUCGCCUCUCCCUCCUCCCCGCCGUCGCCUCUCCCUCCUCCCCGCCGUCGCCUCUCCCUCCUCCCCGCCGUCGCCUCUCCCUCCUCCCCGCCGUCGCCUCUCCCUCCUCCCCGCCGUCGCCUCUCCCUCCUCCCCGCCGUCGCCUCUCCCUCCUCCCCGCCGUCGCCUCUCCCUCCCACCCCGUAGUCGCCUCCGGCGACAGGUGCACGGGCGCAACCGCGAGUUGGUGCGCGAGCGCGGGUUGGUGCGAGAGCGUGGGUUGGUUUCUGGCACCGUGGUUAUCAGUCUUGUGUCUUAG